AUGGGACGCAAGAGAAGCAACCCAAAGAAGGGAAAAAAGCCCCGCCCCAAGAAGACAAUGGUCAUUGGUGCUCGGCGCGUGUCUGAUCCUAAGCCUUCAUACGCAUUUGAGGAUGUAAGUUCAUCCGUGCAUUCCAGACAACCUACCAAAUCUAGCCGUGAUGACUCUACCCGACAUGCAGAUGUCAGACUUCAAAAUGAUGCUGGGAUUGGGAAAUGGCUCGAUACUCAUGAUUCUCAUCAUGUGCGGAUCGAUGUUGGGUCUUCCCAAGAUUUGGUUGAGGCUGGGCCCAUUCCGGGUCUGACAGCUGAGAAUAUUGCAGGGUACUGGUGUCCCAUUAUGGCAUUAGCUAGGUUUCCCAACACAUACAUUGGUGGUAGGGACAAGGAAUUGACCCUGCGCCUGUUAGCAUACUUCUUCCAUGAGGAGAAAUUCUGGUGUCGACCCUGGAAACAAUAUUACCUCAAGAUCCCCUUCACCCAUCCCGGAGGUGGCCGACUGACGCUUGCCCGUGCAGAAGAUGUCCUUGCGUUCUUAAAGGAGGCCAAUGCGAAGGAACAUUGCGACCUUACACUCGAUGGGAAAGUAGGCAUGUUGCUUCAUUUUGAUGGCAGCGAUGGAUCGCCUAUUCCCACAGAGCUGGGAACGACCAAGAGUCGUUCGGACAAGGAGAAAUUGCUGGGAGUGACUCUUCCCCUUGGUUCUUGGGAUGCUUGGAUGGAAGACCAGCCGUUGUCGGUGACUGGACCUUUUUUCGAGAAGCUUCUUGCCGGGAUGCAGGCCGCACGAAACAAUAGAGGGCCCAAGCAGAAACAACGGAUGGAUCAUCAGAUUGCACACCAGAUCAAAUACUCCACAGCCUUGGAGAGAGUUGUAUGCAUCUUUGGCCUUCACCCAACCACAUUCGUCAUGGAUUUGCCUCCAGUCAGCCUCCUGGAGGCCCCUCGGUUUGAUAUGGAGGGCGAAUACAUCUUCGUUUCCGUAGAUGUGGAAUGGAAAGAUCACAUUACAGAGCUUGGGAUUUCUUUCCUUGAUACCCUCGAUCUGGUGAACCUGCCCCCAGGGGAGGACGGGGUCAAUUGGAGCAAGAUGAUCAAAUCCCACCAUCUUCGUACCGGAGAGAAUUGCAAACACGACCUCUGGAAACGAGGCAGCUCAUGCCCUAAGAAAUUCGGAUUUGGACAGAGUGAAAAUCUCUCUGUAAAUCAGCUUGGAGCGAGGAUUGAUCGGCUAUUUUCGCCUCCAUAUGGGCACCAUGUUGGCGAUAUCCCGGAAUACAAGCUUCGCCGUCGGUCAUUGAUCCUAGUCGGCCACGGCAUGGCGGGCGACAUGACCCAGCUUGCUAAGACUGGCAGUAAGGUCUUCAACGGCAUGGACCUUCCUUUGCCGGCGAUCACCAAGGUAUGGGAUACUAAUUGGCUGUGGCGUGUCAUGCGACGUACUACCAAUGCACGAUCCCUGAGAGACACUUUGGUCGAUCUCGAUGUGGGAUUAGUCUCACAAGCUCCUUUCCACAAUGGGGGAAAUGACGCCCACUACACCAUGCUGGCACUGCUCCGAAUCGUGCUCAUCGCAGCGAGCUCACCUACGGGUUGGGCAAAGAAAGCAAAGCCCCCGGAGCUUACAUCUCGGUCGACUCCCUUUUCUAGACCUGGGCCUCAUCUGGCUCCGACUAGUCGCCACGCUGUUCUCUACACAGGGACCAAUCUGAUUUCAUCUGCUGGGCUUGGCCUGACUCUGUCUGUUAGUUCUAGACCUGAUCUGAUUUUGCCUGCUGAGUACGACCUGAUUUCGUCUCCUCCUUUCAUCCCCGUCUUUGCUGGGCCCCAUUCGAUUUCGUCGGACGAUGAGCCUGAUCCACCUGCGUCUGUUCUGGAGGAGAAGGAGGACGGUGCUGGAGGAUGGGAAGUUGUGUCAAUCGGCGUUGGUUCUAUUGAAAACAUGGAAGACAGUGUGGAGUUGCUGCGGCUGUAA